AUGGGCAACGCCAUACUGGUGUCAUAUUUUGCAGCUAAAGUGAUGACGCUUUCUGCUGAGGUGGCCAAUCUUACAUCACGGGGCAGCAUCCCUGAGUUACUACGUGUGGAACUUGACCGAAUGGGUAAGUCUCCGGCAACUUUGGGGAGUAUGGGACCACCUGGUCCCCCAGGCCCCCCUGGCUCGUCUGGGCCACCAGGAGAAAAGGGGCCCAUGGGCCCACCUGGCCCUGUGUCUGCCGGUCCUCCUGGGCCACCUGGCCCUCCAGGGUUGAUGGAGUCAAUUGGAGCUAUUGGAGCAUCUUGCUCUGAAAGUUACACUAAGUUCCGUGAAACCUGCUACAAGGCGUUCAACACCCUGGCGAACUUCGGGGACUCGGCUCUGUACUGUCGCGUCGAUGGCGGCACCCUUGCCAUGCCCCGAGACGCUGCCACAGACGCCUUCCUCAUCUCUCUCAAGAACUCCGUCGACGACAAAUCCGACUUCUGGUUUGGUCUCCAUGAUCGGCGCGAAGAAGGAAGCUUCGAGUGGAUCGAUGGUUCUGCACUUGGAAGCUACGACUCCUGGGCUCCGGGGGAGCCAAAUAAUGACUAUUCCAAAGAACACUGCGCUCACUACAUCUCGUCUACCUGCAGAAAACCUGCUACUGCAAACAAGUGGAAUGACAAAAAGUGCAACUACCUUCAACCCUUCAUAUGCCAAGUGGCACCAGGACGUCCGUAA